GGAUCUUAUCGAGCUGCCACUGGUGUAAAGAAGUGCCCGCGCGAUGCUGGUCGGAGCGCUGACCCACCGAGUGGCCGGGUGCAAGAAGGUGCCAUCCACUUGCCAAGGGCGCCGGUGCUUCUGGGGAUGGCUAAACAGCAUUUUCAACAAGGUAGACUAUGAACGGAUCCAGGCAGUCGGUCCGGACCGGGCUGCUUCCGAGUGGCUUCUCCGCUGUGGGGCACUGGUACGUUACCACGGAUUUGAUAAAUGGCAGCAAGAUUACAACGGACUCCCUUCCGGGCCAUUAGGAAGAUAUAAGAUACAAGCAAUAAACGCCACAGAGUCUUGCAUCAUGUACAGAGGAUUUGAUUAUUUGGAGGGCCUGGAGAACGUGGAGGAGAUCAGGUUUUGCAAAUGCAUGUACCUUCAGGAUGAGUGCUUGCAACGGCUCAGUGAAAUCCCCAGCCUGCAGAAAAGCCUGUUGCGCCUGUGGAUCAUAUCCUGUGGGAACGUGACAGACAGAGGCAUCAUCGCCCUGCAUAAGCUCAGCAAUCUCAAAUAUUUGUUCCUGAGCGAUCUUCCUGGGUUAAAAGAAAAGGAAGCGACUACAAAGAUCCUACAGAAAACCGUACCUGCCCUGGAGCUGGAAUUAGACUUGGAAUAAAGGCGUUACCGUA